AUGCAAGCUUUUGAUCAGAACGAGACGGUUGUCAAGUCAAACACUUAUAAUAUAUCUAAAAAAGUAUGUUGGGUGAUUUCAAUCGUAAUUGGAAUUUGUCUCGUAGUUUUAAUCGCAUUGACUGCUUAUUUUGGUGUUCGCUCAUCCAAUGAAACCAUUGUAUACGUUGAAGCCACGUCAUUAUCGACAAGUUCUACAAAUCAGAAUGAAAUAACAACCACACCGAGCCGGAAUGAAGUAACAAGCACUACGAAUCAGAUUGAAACAACAACCACAAUAACUCCUACUCCGCCUGUAGAACGAAUACCAACGAAUUUGAAACCAGUAUUAUAUGAAUGGACAAUUACCCCCGAUCUGGUUAAAGAAACAUUUGUUGGUGAUCUAUUAUAUACAUUUACAUGCCUUGAAUCCACAAACAAAUUAGUUCUUCAUAUGGUUGACUUGAAUAUAGAUAACUCAACCAUAGCCAUCGUUAACUCGUCGUCGUCUAGUAUGAUGCCUGCGUUUGAUUCAUGGUCCUAUGAUGAUUAUAAUCAGUUCAUGAUAAUCGAUUUCUCGUCCGAUUUUCAACCGGAGACAAUCUACACAGUUCAUAUCGUUUACUGGGCUGCCGUUGAUAGUGAUCUUGAAGGUCUCUACUUAAGUAACUAUGUUAAUGCCAGUGGAACUAGCCGAACAUUUCUAACCUCUCAAAUGGAGCCCAUAUAUGCUCGCAGUGCUCUUCCAUGUGUUGAUGAACCCGCCCGCAAGGCGGUAUUUCGUAUUACUGUUAACCAUGAUCCUUCGUAUGUUGUAUGGACGAAUGGCGAGUUAGAACGCUCGGAUACAUUGGUUGAUGGCCGAGUGAAUUCUUAUUUUGCUCCAACAUUAAACAUGUCAACAUAUCUCUUGGCGUUGAUUGUAGCAUCUAGAGCAGACUUUGCCUGUCUACCGGAUCGUGUUAUUAGUUCGAAGAAUAUUACAUCGAGAACAUGUGGACGUACUCAAAUUUUACCACAAAUUGCUUACGCUGAUGAAGUAGCGUUCAAAGCACUGAAUUUUUUCAAUGAAUAUUUCGAUAUCGAUUAUGCACUGCCUAAAAUUGAACACUUCGCCGUACCGGAUUUUGAAGGUUUAUUAAUUUAUGCUGAGCCUGGCUUGGUUUUCGACGAGAAAACUGGUUCUACGUCACAACAACAAUAUGUAACCUUGAUUGUAGCCCACGAAAUAGCACAUCAAUGGUUCGGCAAUUUAGUGUCACCUGCUUGGUGGGGAGAACUAUGGCUGAAAGAAGGCUUUGCCAAUUAUAUGGAAACGGUAGCAUCUGAUUUUAUUGAGCCUUCAUGGAGACAAGAGGAACUGUUUGUUAUUGAAAAAAUCUUUUCAUUUAUGAAAGCUGAUUCAUUGCCAACAUCACGACCGAUCAGCGUUGAAUCGACGAAUCUAGCUGAUAUAUUUCUCAUGUUUGACAGAAUAACCUAUGACAAAGGGUCAUCAAUCAUUAGAAUGAUGGCUAUGUUUUUAGGCGCCGAAGUUUUUCAACAAGGUAUUCGAAAUUAUCUAAAAAGUUUGAGUUAUAGUUCAGCAACACAGCAAGACCUUUGGCGAUAUUUGGCUGAAGCUACAAAUAAUACAGUCGAUGUGGAACGUAUUAUGACAGGAUGGACACAUCAAGCAGGCUAUCCAGUCAUUGAAAUUAAUCGAAUAUAUACGAAAAACGACCAACAAUUACAACCGCAAACAGUUAACGGUGAAUUAAUAAUAACUCAACAACCAUUUAAUCUUUUUCCAUCGACGACAAAACAAGAAACAUGGUGGGUUCCGUUCAAAUAUGUCGAUCAAGCAGCACUUGAACUAUCGACUGAAAGUCCACUCGUAUGGCUCAAUAGCACGUCAACAACUUUAUCAAUAACAACUUCCGAUUCAGAUUGGAUCAUAGGAAAUCCGAAUUAUUUCGGCACAUAUCGAGUCAAAUAUGAUCCAAGAAAUUUUCAGCUAAUUCUAACUCAACUUCAAACAAAUCAUACACUCAUUCCAGUUAUUAAUCGAGGUGCUCUCAUUGAUGAUACAUUUGCGGUAUCACGUGCAUUUUUAAUCAAUGCCACCGAUGCCUACAAAUUAAUUGACUACCUUAAAAAUGAACGUGAUUUUGUUCCGUGGACAGCAGCAUUUUCGGCAAUCGAUCAGCAAGAAUAUUUACUGGGCGACGAUGAAAUAUAUCCUGAGAUACAAAGUUAUUUUCUCAGUUUGGUUUUACCAUUGUACAAUAGUAUUGGUUGGGGAUAUAUCAAUCAAACAGCAGAUUGGCGCCGAGCAUUGCUUCAACCAAAAGUUCUUCGAGCUGUUUGUUCCUUUGGUUAUCGAGAAUGUAUCGAUAGAGUCAAAACUGUGUUUGGUCAAUGGUAUUUAAAUCCUACGGAAAAUGGAAUACCGACUAGUUUACGCUCACUUGUCUAUUGUUUUGCGGUUAGUGAAGGUUCUUAUGAAGAAUUUCAAUUUUUAUGGAAUCGUCUAGAAAAUGAAGUAGAACCCAUUGAGACAUCGAAUCUACUCAAUGGUCUCGCUUGUACAAAAGAUCGAUCACGAACCGUUUGGUUUCUUAACCAACAUUUGAAAAAUGGAUCUGUGAUUCGUGAACAAGACAUAACAGAUUCAAUUGCUAAUGUAGCUUCUUCGCGAGAUGUUUAUCCGAUUGCUUGGAUAUGGAUUCAGGAAAAUUGGUCAAAGUUAUUUGCAAAAUGGGGGAAAAGCGAUUCUGGUUUAGAUGAUGUUAUCGAUGAAAUAACUAAUCGGUUUGUAACUGUUCGACAACUAAAUGAAUUUAAAAUCUUUGCCGAUUCAAUCGUUGAUAAAGGUACUGUUUAUCGUCAAUUUCAACUUUCACUGGAUAAAAUCAAUGCGGCUAUCGCUUGGAACACAGCAAAUAUCGCUUCAAUAACUGAACUUAUUCGAUCGAUGAAUGAUUCAUCCACUAUGAGCCAUCGUCUUUCUUCUUUCGCUAUUCCUCUUCAUAAUGAUUUGCACUAG